GAGAAGUGCUGCGGUGGAGCCCUGAGAGUGAGAACGUUCUGCACGCUGCAGGCUUGAGAGCCGUGUGACAGAAAUCCCAUGUUAUUGGGCGUGCGGCUUUUUUCAGACCCUCUGGGGAUUCAUUUAGCACUUGGGAGCGCAGACGUAACCGCCUCUGAGAAGUGACAGAGUGUGGAUAAAGGGGCAAUUUUACACAGACUACUCCCUGAUUUUUGACAACAGCACUGACAACUUCUCAGAGGAGUCUGGUGACUAUGACACAAACAUGCUAGGGCCAUGUGUUGCAACGAUCAACAGCAGUUUCAACAAAAUCUUCCACCCUACCGUUUAUGGAAUAAUAUUCGUGCUUGGCAUCAUUGGCAAUGGUUUAGUUGUGCUUGUCAUGGGCUACCAGAAGAAGGUCAAAACGAUGACAGACAAGUACCGGCUCCAUCUCUCCAUGGCUGACCUCCUGUUUGUCCUCACCCUGCCCUUCUGGGCUGUGGAUGCUGCUAAGACCUGGUACUUUGGAGGCUUCCUUUGUGUCACCGUCCACAUGAUUUACACGGUCAACCUGUACAGCAGCGUCCUGAUCCUGGCCUUCAUCAGCUUGGACCGAUACCUAGCUGUUGUUAAAGCCACAAACAGCCAAGUGACGAGAAAACUGCUGGCAAACAGAGUGAUCUAUGUUGGAGUGUGGCUGCCUGCUGCCAUUCUGACUGUUCCUGACCUGGUGUUUGCUGGGGUCCAGGAUAAAAGUACCUCCAAUCUCCUUUUUCUAAAUGACAGCUUGAAGACAGAACACUCCAGGGCUAUCUGCCAGCGCUUUUACCCCGCGGAAAACAUCGUUCAGUGGACGGUCGCUUUCCGCUUCCAACACAUCCUGGUUGGGUUCAUCCUGCCCGGCUUGGUCAUCCUCAUCUGCUACUGCAUCAUCAUCUCCAAGCUGUCGAAGGGCGCCAAGGGCCAGGUGCUGAAGAAGAGAGCGCUCAAGACCACGGUCAUCCUGAUCCUGUGUUUCUUCGGCUGCUGGCUUCCUUACUGCGCUGGAAUCUUCUUGGACAACCUCAUGAUGCUGAAUGUGGUCACCCCCAGCUGUGAGCUGCAGCACGCGGUGGACAAGUGGAUUUCCGUCACCGAGGCACUGGCCUAUUUCCACUGCUGUCUGAACCCCAUCCUCUACGCCUUCCUGGGGGUGAAGUUUAAGAAGACGGCGCGGAGCACCCUGACAGUCAGCAGCAAGUCGAGCCAGAAAGUGACUCUCAUGGCCAAAAAGCGAGGGCCCAUUUCCUCCGUAUCCACAGAGUCCGAGUCUUCGAGUGUUCUGUCCAGUUAACCUGCGUUGGUUCAGGUGUCAGUGACUUUAUUCUCUCAAGAGACACGAAAGCUAAGCUUUAAUUUAAAGAACAAACUUACUACAUUUUGUACAUAUGUAAAAAAAGCAUUUUUAUAUACUUUUUUUGUGUUUUUAUACCUUUUAAAACUGCAGUUGUGUGUUUUUGUUCCAGGUUUUUUUGCUCCUAAGAUAUUAUGUUCAGGCAGUGCCUCGUUUCACUUCUUGAGAUUGAUGAUAUUUUUACUUUAUUCUGUUACGUUGUUGUCAGCUGCUUGUAAAAACCGUGCAGUUUGUAGCAUUUGUGUGUUCGCACUUGAAAGCUGUUAUUUAUUGCUGAGUAUUUGUAGAACAAAGACUAAACGCAGAAUGCUUUUUAAAACUUUUUUUAAACCUAGUUGGAAUGUAAAAUAAAAGUCUGGAGUUCUUUAAGAAACAA